AUGAAGUUUGAUAUGAACAAAAGUAUUGGGAAACCCACUUUAGAUGGCAGACUUUUCUGGAUUGAUGAGCUUUAUGAACUCAAUGAGGAAGUUUAUGGAGAACUCCUUCUUGACGAUCGUUUAAAAAUCAUCCUCACCACCACAAAUGAUGAUCGCAACCUACUCCAAGAAGUUUCGAAAGGUUGUGCGCAAAUGCUUGAUAAAGCCAAGGAUUAUCUGAAACUUGUGAACUACCUAAACCUGAAUGAGGAAACUCACAUCCCUACCCCUCCAAAAGAUACCUUGGUAGCUAUAAACGACCCAUGGAGUGAACUCAAAGCCCAAAAGUUGAGCUUAAACCUCUUCCUGAUGGAUUCAAUUAUGCAGCCGCCCGAUUGGGAACAACCAUUCGAAAUCAUGUGUGAUGCAAGUGAUUUUGCUGUCGGAGCUGUGCUUGGUCAGCGGAAAGAAAAGAAACUGCACGCAAUCUACUAUGCGAGGUCUAAGGUCAUCGUUCAUACUGACCAUGCUGCAAUCAAGUAUCACAUGUCUAAGAAAGAUGUCAAACCAAGGCUGAUCAGAUGGAUACUCUUGCUGCAAGAGUUUGAUAUUGAAAUUAAAGAUCGGAAAUGA